AUGCACUUAAGCUGCAGGAAAAGCUGGCCUCCCAAUAGAAAAAUUCAUAAGAUUCCAGAUACUCUCCUGUCCCUGCAACAUCCACCUACGUACACCCUUGGCAAACGGCGAACUGAUCACAAUCUUUUGAUUCCCGAGUCUGAACUUAAAAGAAUAGGAGCUGAACUGCACUACACACAAAGAGGAGGAGACAUUACAUUUCAUGGUCCACAUCAAGCCAUCUUGUAUCCCAUUAUUUCUCUUCGGGAUAUUGGGCUUGGUGCUCGUAAAUACGUGGAGAAUUAG